CGCCCCGCCCCGCCCCGCCCCCGUCGCUAGGGACUCUGGGGACUCCAACGCACCUGCGCGGCGCGGCGUUCGCGGUUUCGCUUUUCCGGACCUUCGUUUCUGCCGGCGCCGAGCUCGCCCGGUUCUCCCACAUCUGUGCGACCAUGUUCGUUCCCUGCGGAGAAUCGGUCCCCGACCUCGCGGGCUACACCUUCCUAAUGCCAGCAGUAUCUGUUGGAAAUGUUGGCCAGCUUGCAAUGGAUUUGAUUAUUUCGACACUAAAUAUGUGUAAGAUCGGUUACUUCUAUACUGAUUGUCUUGUUCCAAUGGUUGGAAACAAUCCAUAUGCAACUGCAGAAGAAAAUUCAACAGAACUCAGUAUAAAUGCUGAAAUAUAUGCAUUGCCUUCGAAGAAGCUGGUGGCUCUUCAGUUAAGAUCCAUUUUUAUUAAGUAUAAAUCAAAACCAUUCUGUGAAAAACUGCUUUCCUGGGUGAAAAGUAGUAACUGUGCCAAAGUCAUUGUUCUUUCAAGCAGUCAUUCAUAUCACCGGAAUGAUCUACAGCUUCGCAGUACUCCCUUCAGGUACCUACUCACACCUUGUGUGCAAAAAAGUAUUCAAACUAAAAUAACGAGCCUUAACUGGGAAGAAAUGGAAAAAAGCCCAUGCAUUCCUGAAAUAAAUGAUUCUGAGUUUUGUAUUCGUAUUCCUGGAGGAGGUAUCACAAAAACACUCUAUGAUGAAGGGCAUUGGAUAGCAAACAGCACACAGUUGUGGUCCCUGAGAGAAGACAACUGUUCUAAAGAAAUUGCAAUGGUGAUUCUGCUGAAAUUUGUUUCAGAAGGAGACAAUAUCCCAGAUGCAUUAGGUCUUGUUGAGUAUCUUAACGAAUGGCUUCAGAUACUCAAACCAUGUUGUGAUGACCCCACAGCAUCUGCCUUGCGGUGGAAAAUGCCAAGUUCGUGGAGAUUACUCUUUGGCAGUGGUCUUCCUCCUGCACUUUUUUGACCUUUUUUCAGUUUUAUACCUUAUGUCCCAAGAUACUUAUUACCAACACAACUAUUAACUAUAUAGAAAGCUACAUUAUGUAAGAAUGUAUUAGAAAAUAAAUCUUUACUUUUCACAAAAAAAAAUCUCAAAGAAAAUGGAUUAACAAAAAAGUUGUUUUGCCAUGCUUUUCACUAUACACAACAAAUGUAAAUUUUGUACAAUAAAAAUUUCCUAAGUAA